GCAGCAAAGAUGGUGCGCUACUCUCUGGACCCGGAAAACCCCACGAAAUCAUGCAAGUCCCGGGGAUCCAACCUGCGAGUGCAUUUCAAGAACACUCGAGAGACAGCCCAGGCCAUCAAGGGCAUGCACAUCCGCAAGGCCACCAAGUACCUGAAGGACGUCACCCUGAAGAAGCAGUGCGUUCCUUUCCGCCGCUACAAUGGGGGUGUCGGUAGAUGUGCCCAGGCCAAGCAGUGGGGCUGGACGCAGGGUCGCUGGCCAAAGAAAAGCGCGGAGUUCUUGCUGCAUAUGCUCAAGAAUGCAGAGAGCAACGCUGAGCUCAAGGGUCUUGACGUGGAUUCUCUGGUCAUCGAGCACAUCCAGGUCAACAAGGCCCCCAAGAUGCGCCGGCGCACCUACAGGGCGCACGGCAGGAUCAACCCCUACAUGAGCUCCCCCUGCCACAUCGAGAUGAUCCUCACUGAGAAGGAGCAGAUUGUCCCCAAGCCGGAGGAGGAGGUUGCUCAAAAGAAAAAGAUCUCCCAGAAGAAGCUGAAGAAGCAAAAACUAAUGGCUCGGGAGUGAACGUGCCGCCGCAGAUGUACAGAAAUAAA